AGUCACCAUCCGUACGUCGCACGAGACGGACGUCAGUGACGCUCGCGCACAAAAGCGCGAUCGUAACACGAUAUGUGAAGUGUCUUAUUGCCGUGCCAAUAAAAAUUUAAAGUGAAGUUGACGCUGUUUGUUUGGAGAUUUUUGUCUUAGUUUAUGUACUAUUGGAUUUGCUGUGAAGAUGUCCACUUUCGUCAAUACUGCCAGUGACACACAACCUGAAGUUAAAGAUCGGAUAAUCGAACGUGAUGCCGGCUUUGUGUCAGGAGGAGAAGAUGAUGACUCUUGCUCAGGUCCAGCGCAUUCUGACGACUCGGGUGUUAGACUGGUGGACAACGACUCGAGAAAGAGAGACCGACCUCCUUCCAGACUCCAACCACCGAAGAAACGUAUCCGCCUAAGCUCUAGGGAUGAUCUCACGAGCCCUGAGAGUGACAUUCCGACAAGCCCAUUCCGACCCUGGUCUUUCGCUGAGGAACCCCAGCAAGAACCAUUAUCUCUAGUCAAGAAAUCCAGCGAGAGCAGCAUUUUAAGACAACGAAGGAGGCCUUUAGAACCUCCUCCGUUGCUAGUCCCUCCCCCACCUGCGACAGAUACAAGAACAGAUCCUCCACGAGUCCCUCCACAUCCGGCCGUAGUAGAACCAUAUUCAGAAAAGCCAAAGCCUAGAGAACACAGAAAUUACAAGAACAUGACGAGAGAGAGGAGGAUAGAAGCUAACGCUAGAGAAAGAACUAGAGUACAUACAAUAAGUGCUGCUUUCGACACCCUCCGAAGAGCAGUACCAGCUUACAGUCAUAACCAAAAACUAUCUAAGUUGUCGGUGUUACGGAUAGCCUGUGCAUACAUUGCUGCUUUAUCAGCAGCAGCAGACCCCGAAGGCGAUCUAUCAUCAGCAGUGGAAAGCGUAACUCAAACGAUACACACGGAAGGAAAGUUAAGGAAGAAAAAAGACGAACCUUGAGAAGUCGUUGUAAUUUAAGGUUAAAGUUUUUCAUGAUGCUGUGUGCAUUUACCAAAAUUAGCAAAAACGCAGAAUGCUAUAGGAUAUUAAAUUGACAUUUACGUAUAAAAACCGAAAAUUGUCUUAAGACUAGAUUUUGUCCGCCCGACCGAUAGAAAAAAUCAUGACAUUAACUCGAAAUCUCACUAGAAUAUAUUUGUACUUAUUAAAUUUGUCGGCUUUGAUGAACGUGACUCACAAGACUGAGUUUUGAAAGACUUUACUAUCGUUACUGCAUACAUUUACGAACACAAAGUACCGUCCUUUAUUGAAUAACUUGUUUUAAAUUUAGUACAAAUGUGACAAUAAUUAAUUGGUGAUUGUAAUUUUGUAAUAUUUAUAAAAUUCAAUUGAUAAAUGUAU